AGAUGCUGAACUCUUGUGUAUCGAACUGUGUGGGAGAGAGAAAGGUUGCACGAGGAUCACAUCUCAAUGGAAAAGUUUCUGUGACUGCGACACUGCUCACCGUGCUGAAGAAGGAAGGGAAAUGCUGAAACAAGCACGUAGCUGCACCUGGUGAAAUCUUUCGUCCGACUUGAUGAGCAAGGCCAUACCGGAAUCUAUCGGGUUGAAAAGAAUCUAUCGCAGCUCUGCAACAGUAUUGACGCGCUCGUGGGUUUAGAAAACAGUCGUAAAAUACUGCUCGUCAUGCUCGGGUGUUGUUAGUACUGGAUGCGUGUGGAAAUUCAUACAUGCUAGUAGGCGGGAGUGAGGAGACCGAUGCGGAAGCAUAGCCGGUCUUUGGAAACUCGUCAAGAAGGCUGUUGGAAGCGUAUUGAGCCUAGCUCCGGGUGACUGUGAGAGGGAUGUUGAAGAGAUGGAGGAUAUAAUCCAGAACAUACCUCGAGGUCUUUACUGGCCGUUGCCAUCAUUCUCCUGCUAUUUCUACACAAACCACUCUUACGGUACUGGAUUACAUCUAACUGCCUCAAGAAUCACGGUCUACAGCGUCAGUUUUAUGGUCCAGCUGUAUGAAGAAGCACAGAGAUAUCAGAUCUCUCUAGACUCUAGAAGGUGAACUACAUAUCUCAGAUAUGUAGUUCACCAUCUAGAGUCUAGAAAACCUGUAGACUUCGUAUGUUCGACAG